AGCCGAGCGCAGCCGAGCCGGGCCGAGCCGGGCCGAGCCGGGCCGGGCCGGGCCCAGGAGCGCGCAGAGGCGAUGCGGGCGUCCAGGCAGGGGUCGGCGGGUCCCUGAGCCCCGCUCCCGGGCUGUGAGGGAGUCCGUGUGGCGGAGGCACCGGCCACCAUGGCCGGGGUCAGCUACGCGGCGCCCUGGUGGGUGAACCUCUUGCAUCGGCUGCCCCACUUUGACCUGCAUUGGGAGGCCACCAGCAGCCGGUUCCGGCCCGAGGACGCCGACUACCAGCAGGCGCUGCUGCUGUUGGGGGCGGCUGCCCUGGCCUGCCUCGCCCUGGACCUCCUCUUCCUGCUCUUCUAUUCCUUCUGGCUGUGUUGCCGGCAGCGCAAGACCGACGAGCACCUGGAUGCAGACUGCUGCUGCACUGCCUGGUGCGUCAUCAUCGCCACGCUGGUUUGCAGCGCCGGCAUCGCAGUGGGAUUCUACGGCAAUGGGGAGACCAGUGAUGGCAUCCACCGGGCUACCUACUCGCUCCGCCAUGCCAACCGCACGGUGGCUGGGGUGCAGGACCGCGUGUGGGACACAGGAGUGGCCCUGAACCGCACGGCAGAGCCCAGUGUUCAGAGCCUGGAGCGACAGCUGGCUGGGAAACCAGAGCCCCUACGGGCUGUCCAGAGGCUGCAGGGCCUUCUGGAGACCCUGCUGGGCUAUGCCGAGGCCAUCCCCUUCUGGAGGAACCCGGGCGUGUCCCUGGAGAUGCUGGCUGAGCAGCUGGACCUCUGCGACUGGUACAGGUGGCUGGGCUACCUGGGGUUGCUGCUGCUUGACGUCAUCAUCUGCCUCUUGGUGCUGGUGGGCCUCAUCCGCAGCUCCAAGGGCAUCCUGGUUGGGGUCUGCUUACUGGGGGUCCUGGCCCUGGUCAUCAGCUGGGGUGCGCUGGGCUUGGAACUAGCUGUGUCUGUGGGUUCCAGCGACUUCUGUGUGGACCCCGAUACCUAUGUGACCAAGAUGGUGGAGGAGCACUCGGUGCUGAAUGGGGACAUUCUGCAGUACUACCUGGCCUGUUCACCCUAUGCUGCCAACCCCUUCCAGCAGAAGCUGUCAGGCAGCCACAAGGCUCUGGUGGAGAUGCAGGACAUUGUGGCCGAACUUCUGAGGACGGUCCCACGGGAGCACCCCGCCACCAAGGACCCCCUGCUCCAUGUCCAGGAGGUGCUGAACGGCACAGAGGUGAAUCUGCAGCACCUCACUGCCCUGGUGGACUGCCGAAGCCUGCACCUGGACUAUGUGCAGGCACUGACGGGCUUCUGCUACGACGGCAUCGAAGGCCUUAUCUACCUGGCCCUCUUCUCCUUCGUCACAGCCCUCAUGUUCAGCUCCAUUGUCUGCAGUGUCCCACACGCCUGGCAGCAGAAGAGGGGCCCAGAUGAGGACGGGGAAGAGGAGGCUGCCCCAGGGCCUCGCCAGGUGCACGACAGCCUUUACCGUGUGCAUAUGCCCAGUUUGUAUAGUUGUGGUAGCAGCUAUGGCAGCGAGACCAGCAUUCCAGCUGCGGCCCACACGGUCAGCAACGCCCCAGUCACCGAGUACAUGAGCCAGAAUGCCAAUUUCCAGAAUCCCCGCUGUGAGAACACCCCCCUCAUCGGGCGCGAGUCCCCGCCGCCCUCAUACUCCUCCAGCAUGAGAGCCAAAUACCUCGCCACGAGCCAGCCUCGCCCUGACGCCAGCGGCAGCGGGCACUAGACCGCACCGACCAGCCACCUGGCCCACGUGCCAAUCGUCCCCCCGGGCCAGCACUGCUGCUCCUACCCUGUGGCUGCCUGCUAGGCCCUCCGAACGCCAGCCUGGUCCUAUGCAGCCCCUUCCUCUCCUCCCCUGCCAGGGGUGUCGAGAUGCCCAUCCCAGCCCGGUCGUACAUCUGGACAGACACUGCCACGCCUGAGCCGCGCCAGGCCGUCUGCUGCCCACCUCACUGUCCCCUCAGACCGACUGAACCCCUCUCUGUGCCAGGAGCUCCUGUCCUGGUGUGCUCGCUCCGCAGGUGGCCCUCCUGACUGUCUGCCGUGCUGCUCAGCCCAGCUCCCCGACCACCCCUUCCUUCCCUUCCGUAGUGCUGAGCUCUUCCUGGCGCCUCCCCCCAGGCUUCUGUGGAUCACUCUUAGUUCACAGGCCGCGCAGCAGCCCCUCUGCCUGGCAUUGCGGCUACUGAGGGAUGGGUGGUCUACACAUGGGGCCCUCCAGGAGCCUGGCCCUGUGGCUUCUGGCUGCAGCCCUCUCAUCCACACGGCUGCCCUGGCCCCAACCCCGCCCUCCUGCCACUGCCCGCAGCUUCUUUCCAAGGAGAGCUCUCUUCUGCCUCCUGCCCAGCAUUGCUUUCUCCCCCAGUGCCACCCCUCCCCAAAGCACCCAGCCCUCCAUGGACAGCAGGUGCCACACAGAGCCCGGGUCACUCGCUGGCCUCCCAGUGCUGGCCACCUUCUUGGUGCCAACCCCCCCCCCAGACUUGGCAGCUUCAUCUGGUUUGUUUUUUGCACUAACCACAUUUGUCAUCUCUAGGGCAGGCUGGGGCAGCAAGCUGAGCAGUACUGCCGCCCCGGCCCUCCCUUGGUUCCAUUUCUACCCAGGACAGAUGCUGUGUCCCUGGAGCCCAGCCUCAGGGGCUGGAACCAAGCCAGCUGUGAAUGUGCACCCAGUCCCUGCUGCCCUUCUUGGGACUAACCACUAACCUCACUCCCAGCCUCCAUGGGUGCCCCUGGCCAGCCCAGAGCCAACAAGAGUGACCCAAGUCCAGCCUGGAGCCAAGGCCCAGGAUGGCCAGCGGGAGCCAGGGCUGAAGUAGCAGUUUCUUCAUGGGGUGCUGCUGGGGACAGGCUACAGACCGACAGGCAGCUCAGAGCCUGGAGACCCCUCCCAUGCCUGGCCAGGUGCCACCCCAGGAGGACCUGUCCCCAGGGCCAUGGGCUCAGGUUGCCAUGACUUAAGUCUCCCUACCUGUGAAGUGGGAACAAGACUUCCCGAUGGUGCUUUUGGCUUUGGUAUAUGAUGUUUGCUGUGCUUCCGGGGGGGUGGGGGUGUAGAACCAGCCCCCAAAUUAGGACUUUGAGGUUCUGCCCCUUCUGGCCCAGCCAGUCGACAUGGUGUGUCCUGGUGUGGGCUCUGGCCCUGUGCAGCCAGAGGCAGCCAGAGGGCCACUGGGCAAUGUGGCAGGGCCAAACAGACCCAUCGCUUUCCCUCCUGGAGCAGUAGGCAGCUGCCUGCCCAGAACCACCCACCCCUCCUGGGGUGACCAUCCUGCCCUUCCCCUGAAGCCCUUCUUCAUGCUGGUGUCUGGGACCAAAAGGGGAUGAGCAGGGGAGUUAGCAGACCUAUGGCCCCCAGCCUGGACAUCAGAGUCCCCAGUGUUGACAGAACCUCAGUGGAGGGGACUGUCUUGCUCUAGGUGAGCCAUGGAGGCCGGCACAGCCAGCCUGCCGCAGGUGCAUUCCUGGCCAUGGGUCCGGAGGGCAGUGCCUGUCAUGUGCCCCGGGACCGCUCAGAAGCACAAGCGCUGCCGGCGGCCGAGAGCCACCCACAAGGUGAAUGUACAUAGCAUGAGAGGCAGGCACUGCCCAGACGUGGCUGUGAACCUGUGCUAUCUCGUGAGUCCUGCCAUCGUGUGUGUGUGUGUGUGUGUGUGUGUGUGUGUAUGUGUGUGCGCACACUCAUGCGUGCCCUGUCUGUGACUCUUCACCCACCGAGGCUGAAGAAAGAAAAGGGGAAGCCAAGGGGGCUUCAUUCCCAGACCUCAGUGGCUCCUGCCCUUGGUUUUCUUUCUGUUUUGAGUUCUUGGUGCCCCUUUCCAUACCACCCUUCCUAGCCACAUCUCCACACCUCCUAGGGUGCCAGGCCGGGGGCACCUGCCCCUCCCACGCUGCCCUCCUGGGCUCUGGAGCAUGGAUGAGAGCUUGACCACAUGGGGAGUAGGAGGCCAUGGGGGCUUGGCCACCACCUGACCACAGGACACUUCCAGGCCCUUGGGAGGGUCCAUGGGGUUCUGCUGUGGGUGUCCAGCCCUCAGCCUCCCAAGCAAGGUGAGGUUGGGUGGUGGGAGGGCCUGGCUGGGAGCACCCCUGCCCCUUCUUCCUGACACCCACCCCAUCUCACUAUGCAAUUCCAGGUCCCCACCACUGCCUCCCUUCCCAGGCCCUAGCUCUGCCCAGCCCAGAGAGGGAUCAGUUGGCAGCCCCUGGGGCCCAGCGACCAGGGCCUUUUGUGUGGGAUUCUUUGUUUAGCCAUGAUGCUUGUGAUCUCCCCUAUUUGUUAUAUAUAUGAUUUUCUCCCCCCACCCCGAAUCUUGCCCCGUGUGCAUUAACACCAGAGCUGCACCGGGCCGCACCCCUCAGCCUCUGUAAGCCUGUGGCUGUGUGUCCUGUCGCUGUUUUUGUUUUCUAAAACUAGGUUUUGGGUUUGAUUUUUAUUUCUUUGGGGACUUACUUUUCUUGCCAAAAGCAAAAUCUCGAUGUAAUUUCUGUGGUUUCUAUUCAGCUUGGGUUUCAUGUUUUAAAAUAAACACAUUUUAAAGAACA